CAGCGGCUUCGCGGGGUCCUCGCCGCCGGGCCUGGCGUUUCCGAGAUGGCGGCGGGGCCGGUGCCGGGGGUGUGAGGCGGGAGCGUCACCGCCGCCCGCGCUUCCUCCUCCUCCAGCUCCUCCUCUUCUUCCUCUUCUCCUCCGCCCUCUCCGGCCCCGGCCCCGCUCCCCGCCCCGCAGCCAGCGGGAUGCUGAGAUCCACCGGCUAUUUCCGCGGCAUCGAUUGCCCGUUCCUCAGCUCCGGGGGCCCGGGCGGGGCCCCUCCCUGCCGCCGGCCCUACUGCCACUUCCGCCACCCCCCGGUGUUUGCGGCGCGGUGCGGAGCCUCCGGCGGUACCGGCGCGGGGUUCGCGCUCGGUCAUGGCGCAGAGCGAGGCUACGAUCCCUACAACCCAGACCUUCCAAGGCCCUCCCUGGAGGCAGAAGAUGGGGCUCUGGCUGACAUUACAGAUGUGACACCCAGUAUUUUGGAGCUUGAGCUGGUCAACAAGGCCAUUGAGGCAGUAAAAAACGAGGUUGAGAGAGAACAGAAAAAGUAUGAGGAGCUGCUAGAAACCACCAAGGAGGUUGGUGCUUCAGAGGCUUCCUCGCUCGUUGCAAAUCCGCCCGUGUCAGCUGCUGGGACACCAAAUGAUUCCUUUACCUCCUUAGAAUAUAAUCCAGGUAGCUACAACUUUAAUAACAACUCGGACUACAACCCUACUCCUCUUGCUGCUGCUAGCCAGUCAAGUAAAUACACUUUGGAUGCUUCUCAGUCUAAAGGCAGCUCGCUGGAAUACGUUCCCAAGGCUGUAGUACAGAAUAAAAAAUACAGCAGCACUGUCACCAACAAUAAAUAUGUGAUUGAUGACUCGAAGCCUUCUACAGACUUGGAAUAUGACCCACUUUCAAAUUACUCAGCCAGGCUCUUGAGCAAAGGCACAAACAAGGAGCCAAAGGGGUCGAAGAGAGGAAGGGUGUCUGGCUAUGAGGAAUCUUACUCUCCCUCACGAAAGAAGCUCUGCGAGGUACUCGACGACUACGAAGUCUGUGCCAGGUUUUCUUCCUCUGAAGAUGAGGCUGAUACAGAAUACAAGGCAACUUCUGUCAGUUCCCAAUCAAAAGCUGGUUCUGAAAGUGAAUCAAAUGAUGGGUUCCCCAACAAAGAGCAGAGCACCAAACCCGAAGGCUUUGCUUCCCGGGACGGCAAAGAGACGGCAGCGCCGUAUGGCAUGGAGGAGCUUCCAGGCUCACAGAAGAAUCUUGCCAAAAACUUACCAGACAAGAAUGCAAAAGCUGCAACAUUGUUCUCUGGUAAGAAGGACCAGGAAAUUGAAAAUAAAAAUAAAGACUCAAAAGACAGAACAAAAAAGAAGAAAUCAGAUGUUAGUAAAACGCCCGGGCUCGGUGAGGUUGGUAAGAAGGAGAAAAGUAAAAAUACAGAAAAAGACAAAGUGCUCAAGAAAGAGGAAAAAUUAAAAUCCAAGAGCGAGGAAAAAAACUGUAAAGAAAAAAGUGUCAAAGUGAAAACUGAUGGGAAUUUAAAGAAACCUGAAAAACAAAAAUCAGAAAAAGUAGAUGGGCUUAAGAAAGAAAAGUCCAAGUCUGGCAGCAGUAGUUCAGGGAAAAGCAAGAGUGAGGGUGGCAUCAAAGGCUUGAGUAUGGAGAAGCUGGGCAGCAGCAAGAAAGACUCCAAGCUGAAAGCAGCUGACUUGAAAAAUGGGAAGGAGACCUCUGGUCAUAAAAACAAAGAGAAAGGAACCAAAACUCCACCCCGGGAGCGAAAGAAAGAGAAGCUGAGUUCUCCAGGAAAAGGAGAUCCAAGGAAGGGUCGGAAGCAGAGGACUUUGAGUCACGUUGACCUGUUUGGUGAUGAGAGUGGGGAUGAUGAUGAUGACAAAGGACAGCCUGUGCCCUCCACCUUGCUUGAUGUCAGCUCAGACUCGGAUGGCAGUGACUGUGACUCAGCCUCUGAGAGUGAAAAGGAAGGAGCAAAGAAAGUGAAACGCUCUAAAUUGUCAAAGUCACCCUCAUCUUCCUCAACAUCUGAUGACAUUGAUUAUUCCAUCCUGGAGAAAGACUUGGACUUUGAGUCGGAUCCAAUGGAAGAGUGUCUGAGGAUUUUCAAUGAAUCUACAGAUGUGAAAACUGAAGACAAGGGAAGGCUGGGGAAACAGCCAUCCAAAGAGGAAGGAAAUGAAGAAAAGACAGAAGAUAAUUUAACUACUUUGUUUCCUGGCCAAAAAAGAAGGAUCUCUCAUCUUGUCAAACAAGGAAAUGCAGAGGUGCCCAGCAAGCCGCUCGUCCGUCCGUACCGUGCCCCCAGUGCCCAGGAGGUUUGUUACCAGAGGAUCCAGCUGGCUCAGCAGCAGGCAGCACAGCUGGUUGGGGCUGGUCAGAAGUCCUCUCUUUCUUUGCCAGGAGAAAAGAAGAGGAUUGCUCACGUGCCAAAUGCAGCCCUCUCUGCAGCAGCCAAACACAGCCUUAUGAGUGGCAAGACAAGUGUUGGUGGCAGGAGUGUCCCAGGUUCCAGUGACCCUGAUGCACCCAGCCUGUCCCUGAAGGCUUGCACCUUAGCUGGGAUGGCUUCAAAGACCACCAGCACCAUCGUGCCCAAAAGGAUAGCACAUGUGCCCUCCUUACAGAGCACCAGCUUACAGAGGCCUGUUAUUCCCACAGAAUUUGGUGCUAAAGUCCCAACAAACAUUCGUCAAAGAUAUCUCAAUCUCUUCAUUGAUGAGUGCCUGAAGUUCUGCUCCUCCUCCCAGGAAGCAUUUGACAAGGCUCUGUCAGAAGAGAAGGUGGCAUAUGAACGUAGCACCAGUCGUAACAUCUACCUGAACGUGGCAGUGAACACCCUGAAGAAGCUCCGAAGCCUGGUGCCCAGCUCCCCCUCCAGCUCCAACAAAUCAAGUAACAAGAAAGUGGUGUCCCAUGAAGCUGUGCUGGGAGGGAAGCUUGCUGCUAAGACAAGCUUUACUCUGAACCGCUCAGGGAGCUUGAGAGCAGAGGAUUUAACAGGAGCUGCCUUGUACCGGAGACUCAAGGAGUAUCUGAUGACUGAGGAGCAGCUGAAGGAAAAUGGGUACCCAAUGCCUCACCCAGAGAAGCCUGGCCGUGCUGUCCUCUUCACUGCAGAGGAGAAGAAAACUCUUGACUCCUCCUGCAGGAUUUGUCGUCGUUGUGGCACUGAGUACAUGGUCUCAGCCUCUGGAAGCUGCAUCAGGAAGGAGGAAUGUGUGCACCACUGGGGGAGGCUGCGCAAGCAGAGAGUGCCAGGUGGAUGGGAAACUCAUUACAGCUGCUGCUCAGGAGCUGUGGGUUCUCCAGGCUGCCAGGUUGCUAAACAACAUGUCCAUGAUGGGAGAAAGGAGAGCCUUGAUGGCUUUGUGAAGACUUUUGAGAAGUUGCCUACGACUGAGGGCUACCCCGGGAUCUACGCGUUGGACUGUGAAAUGUGCUACACCAAGCAAGGACUGGAGCUGACAAGAGUCACUGUGAUCAACUCUGACCUGAAAGUGGUGUAUGACACCUUUGUCAAACCAGACACCAAGGUGAUCGAUUACAACACCAGGUUCUCAGGUGUGACAGAAGAAGAUCUGCAGAACACCAGCAUCACCCUGCGGGAUGUCCAGGCUGUCCUCCUGAACAUGUUCAGUGCAGACACCAUAUUGAUAGGGCACAGCUUGGAAAGUGACUUAUUUGCACUAAAGCUGAUCCAUGGCACCGUGGUGGACACUGCCAUCGUCUUUCCCCACCGCCUGGGGCUGCCCUACAAACGCGCCCUGCGCACGCUGAUGGCCGACUACCUCAAACGGAUCAUCCAGGACAAUGUGGAAGGACACGACUCCAGUGAGGAUGCCAGAGCCUGCAUGGAGCUCAUGGUCUGGAAGAUCAAAGAAGAUGCUAAAGUGAAACGAUGACUUGAGCUUUCUUCUCUUUCUUCUUCUUCCUCCACCUCUUUGAAGCAGUGCAAUAAAUGCUCAGAGUAACCCUGUCACCUGUAUGCAGCAGAAUGCUCCCCGAGGUGUCCCUGGGACUCAAGGACUGCAGCUCAGCAGCACCAACUCACUGUUUGCAGGGCCCUGGGGCCAGGUAGUGGCUCUCAGAUCCUCUUUCCUCCACCCGAGGGAUAUUCUGUGGUACAGCAAUCGCCUCAUAGGCAUCACAAGGUGGUUUUGAGUAGCACAACCAGAAAGAACUUCUUGGUUCCUAGGAGAAGCUUUAAGAGGUAGGUUGGAUAUGUGCAGAAGGAUCUGUCUGGUUCAGUUAAAGGUAGAUCUUUUCCUUUUUUUUUUUUUUUUUCCUUUUCCCCAAAUGUAACUGAAAUUAUCUCUGUACUCCACACCUGGUAGAUUCCCAAAGUGUUUGGAGAUGGGGGAGGUGGAAGAAAGUCAGGCAGGAGGCUGUAAAGUGAGUGGAUUGUGGAGCUGGUGUGUGAGUGAGAAGUGAGGGGUGGGGAGAGCCAAGGAUCAGAGUGGGAGGGAGGGAGGGAGUCUGGCCCUGAGAGCAAGGAGAUGGGAGCAGGGAGGGCUCUGGCAUCCUGGUUCUGCACUCAGUGGACAAGGGAGAAGAAGCUGACAGUGGGACUGGGACAAACUGGGCAACCUGCAGCCCUCUGGGGAGGACAGGGACAAGAGCCAGUAUUGUGUCACUGUGGUUAGGACAGGCUGUCCAGCUGGGGUGUAGGGAUGAAGGGAUUUGGGGUGCAUCUCAGCCUCUGCUCAGUGGGGGCAAUAGGUAAAAAUGACUCUUUCCAGCUAGUUUCUAUGUUGGGUGUUUUCAGAAGAUGUUGUCAGUGUUGGUCCCUCUCCCCAGGCUGUCAGAGCACAUCUCUGCCACAGCUGCAGGGACAGGGAUAGGAGCAGGAGCAGGGACAAACUGGAUGGCUCUGCUGGUUUCUCUGCCCCAUUUCCCUCCAGGGGAACAGCAGAGCUGCUUGAAGGGGUCCCCGAUAGCUGUGAGCAGCCUCACAUCCCGCCCCAUGGAAUUGCUCCCUGGGGUGGCUACUGUGGGGUCAGAAACUCUGCCCUGGGUUUCUGGGGUUGGCUCAGUCCCUGGUAGCCUCUGAGAGGGGGGGAUGUGCUGGGGAUGUCCCCCCCACUGCUGUGUCAUUGCCUGGGGGGGACCAGGGGUGUCCUGCUUGGUGCUGGGACAUGUGUGAGCCCUGGUGGCUCCCCUGUCCCACCACUGUCCCCAGAGGCAAGGACACAGCUUCCAGGGCCUGACCUCUGCCAGGAACUCCUCCUGAAGCCACCAGAAGCAGGGACAAAAGUCCCCUGGCAGUGCAGAGCCCCCGUGUCCCUCUGGCAGGCAGCAGCUCCCUGCUCCUCACCCCACAGACCCCUGAGCAUCCAACCCUCUGGAGCAUCCAGCUCCCACCUUGUCCCCUCCUCUCCAGCUGCCUGCAGGGAAUUGUGCUGUUCCUGUCCAGGUGGUGGGAGGGAUGGAGAGAAAGCUCAGGGCUUCCCAGGGAAGGCAAAUCUCUCCUGCUUCUGCUUCUUCCCCUUCUUUAUCCCCCUUCAGCUCCUGUUCCUGCAGCCGUGGUCCAGUCCAAAGCCAGCCCUCCCCUCCAGGUGUCCCAACAGCCAUUCCCAGCUCCUUUUCCCUCCUCAGCUGCUUUCCCUGGAAAAGCUGGCACGUUCCUAACAUGGUCCUGGUGUGCUGGAGUCCUGCUGAGGGCCAUGAUCCCCCCACCCAGGCCUGGAGGAGGGCAGAUCAUCACUGCAGGUCCUGUUCCUCCAUCAUUCCCCUUUCCUUGCCCCACACUUCAACUGAGACCCCCCAGGAAUGAGGUUUUUUGGGUGGGCUGUGAGGGGGGGAAGGGAAGGAUGCUGUUGCCCAUCCUGUGGGAUGUUGGUGGGAAGUGGAGCCCUUUUCCCCCCCUCAGAGCAGGUAUUUGAGCUCCUGGGCACCGUUCACCCUGUAAAACAGAGGUUUGUGGUUGGUAGGAGGUUUUUGGGUUGUACAUAACUGUUGUAACCUGUAACUUUUUGUAAUUGUUUUUAAUAAAAGGGUGUUGACUGGA